CUCGAAAUUUAGAAUCCGAGCAGACCGAAUUCAGUUUUUCCUUAUUUUCAAUCAUUUUUAUUUUAUUGAAAUGAAUCAUCAAUAUUGGCUUAUAAAGAAUGCAAAAAAGUUGCAAAGAAAGUUCAACGCGAAGGAAGAUGAAAAUAUCGUAGCUAGUGAUAACGAAUUGGAUGCAAAACUUGAAUUGUUUAAAUCAAUAAGUGAAUCAACAGCAAAUCUAUCUAAUAUUGUUGACAAAUAUAGGGAUGGACUACAACUUCUUGCAGUUGAAACAUCCAGUUUGGGUAAUUUUCUAAGAGAUUGUGGAAAGAACAGUUCGUCGUCGGAGUCUCUUAUGUGCAACACAGGGAAAGUUGUUUGUUACUUAGGAGCACAACAUACUUCUGCUACAACAUCGCUAAAUAGAACACUUAGCGAACUUAACACUUUUAAGCGUGCAGUCAACGACACCAAAGAAACCAUUGCAGCAAUGGAAAAAGAGAGAACUGAAUAUCGUUCAGCUCUCACUCUUAUGAAAAUUUGUAGCACUGAUGUUGAUCCUGAUAGUGGUCGAGGGCUGGAAAAAUUUCGAACGUCACAAAAAUACGUCAAAUACGCCAAACAAAAUUUUGAUAAAUAUUCGCUUGCGUGUUUGCAAAAAAUUGACUUAUUGGCAGCAGCUCGAUGUAAUCUCUUUUCUUAUUCACUGGCCGCAUACCAAACCAAUUGGUUAACAUUAAAUGAGAAAAAUCGGGAAGUUCUGGAAGCUCAUGUGAAGAUAAUUGACAAAGAGCCACGCAAGCACAAUUUUGGGAUUUUAAAAGAGUUGGGACAGGAGGCAGAAGAAGUUGCUGAGAAAGCUCUUGAAGAAGGCGACAAGAAAGACCUUAAUCAAGAGCUUAACGAUGACGAUCAGCGAUUAUUCUUUGGAAAUGAAUUCAGCGAUUGUGGUCCAAGCACUGAAAAGAAAAAUGAAGAUAAUCAAACAUCGAGUGAAGACAACAAUUCAAAGACAACAAACAAUGACAAGCUCAUUGAUUAUGAAAAAGAUUUUGACGAGUUUAUGUCAUCAUCAAAUCUCUUGUUACCAUCACAACUGUUAAUGGACGAUUCUUUAUUAAACAACAUCCAAUCUGGUGAUUCAAACCUUAAUUUGCUAGGAUCGCUUAAUCCAUUACAUGCAGCAAGUAACAUGGACCUGUUAUCUUCAUCAGAUUCGAAAGAAAAUUCAGUUCAGUUAAACAAGAAUCCGUCAAAGAAAGCAAACGACGUUAGUAAAUGGUUCAGUUUGUUUUCUGAGCUUGACCCAUUAAAUCAACAAUCGGAACAAGACAAUGCAAACAAAAACCUUCAUGCAGCUUAGCUUAAAAUGUAUCAUUCCAGAUUUAAUUUUUAUGAUCUCAGAAAAGGAAGAAAAUUAUUCCAAAAUCUUGUAACUUGUUCUAGUCAUAUUUUACAAACAAAAAUCUUUAUGUUUA